AAAGCCCCAGCGGGAAUACCGACACUCAAGCGCAAAGAAAGACGGAUAAAAGCACCAGGAUAUCAACCACAGACAGCCUGAGCAUACGCCAAAUACGCCACCAGACGGCAAGCAACGGUGCGCGCCACUACUGUGACAUACCUUCGCUACUUCUCCACCAGCACAGGGACACUGCGACAGCACGGAAAGCACCUGAAGGAUCAUCCAGCGAGCUACCGUCCAAACGCCACUCUGGUCCAGACCAUGUCAGCUGUACAGCAGCAACGGCAGCGAGAUCACACCGGGAGGCACACUCUCAUCGAGGUACCGAGAGGCCUACCUCACCGAUCCGUUGUACGCGGGACAGCCAGCAGCGCUUACCCUGGUCACGGGACUCUGCCCCCUAG